ACAUAGAAACUGGUCAUCGCUCGGGCGGCUGCAGGGCCUUGUCAGUGAGGUUAAGACGUGCGCACGAGGGUCUGCGAUCUUGGGUUUGAGGCCAUCGCCCGAGGGAUCCUACCUCCACCGAAUUGAGGCCAUCUUCGAAUGAGUCAAGAAUCGACCCACGGUCAGUACGUUCCGGAGCCGGAGCACGUGAGCGUGCACACGGUGAACACCGAGGGUUCGAGUUUCACGCCUCCGGGUGACGGAGGGCAACAGCAGAAUCAACCUGCGCCAGCGGGACAGCCACCAGCUGUACCACCGCCAGUCGUACCACCUCCAGUGAUGCCACCGUUGGCGAUACCGCCGGUGGCCUACGAGCAGAUGUUCCCGGCCAUGAUGGCCCAUUAUAUGCAGCACAUGGCGCAGUUUAUGCCCAUGUUCCAGCCACCGCCACCACCACAGCCGCAGCCGCGCAUCGUCACCUUCAAGAUGUUGAAGGAUAAUGGAGCGGAAGUGUUCCGAGGAGAGAAUAUGGGGGAGCCCCAGAUUGCAUUGGAUUGGCUUGAGCAGAUGGACCGGGUACUCAAAAAUUUGAGAGUCCCAGAUGCUGAUCGCUCAGAGUUGGCGUCACAGAUGUUCCGGAAGGGAGCAUAUGAUUGGUGGAAGCGCAUUGACCAAGAUCCACACACGCCCAAGCCGUGGACCUGGGAUCGCUUUGAUCGAGCCUUCACGAAGGAGUACAUACCCACCCGGUACCGCGAGGAGAGGCGCGAUGAGUUCGUUGCGCUUAAGCAGGAGGGGAUGUCACUGCCUGAACUGAGACAGAGGUUCGACUACUUGUCCCAGUACGCGACGAGUCUAGUCUCCACUCCGGAGGAUCGUUUGAAUGAGUUCGUCAAGAAGCUACGGCCGGACUUGAGGCCGUACGCCGCACUGAUCACGACGACAGAUUUUAAUGCGGCGUACGAUUUGAUUGUGAAAACGGAGAAGAGCUUGGAUGAUUUGCAGGCAACCAAGAAGGAGGAUCGAGCGACGAAAGACCCGCGACCCGCGGCCAGCACUGGGCCGAGCGGGAAGAGUUUUGGAUUCGGGGGAAAGAGGUACGAGAAGGGUUCUUCGAGUGCGCCACCGCCUAAGAGGAGUAAGUCGAGGCCGUCUCCGUCGGCCGCCGCUAGCAACUCGAACAGAACGAGGAGCCACCCGCAAUGUGUACAUUGUGGUAGGCAUCACCCGGGAGAGUGUUGGCUCGCCCAUGGCUUAUGUUUGGGUUGUGGUCAGCCAGGGCAUUUCAGGAGGCAUUGCCCGACAAACCCUAGCAGCGAGCCUGUUUUACCUAGAGCUCAGGAUCAGCCUGCCGCAUCACAUCCAGCACGGAGUCAGCAGUCUACGGCCGCAAAUAAUCAGCAGAAAGCACGUCCGCAGCAGUCAGUCCAGGCACCAGCGCGUACCUACGCCAUGCAUGGGCGCACAAAUCCUAGUCCCGAUGUUAUCUUGGGUACGUUCAUACUAUUUGAUUCGGUUAUGCAUGCCUUGAUCGAUCCGGUAGCGUCGUCCCUCGAUCGCCGCCUCUUCGCCGAUCGACCUCCACUGCCAGCGCCGGUUGCUCGCCGCCGGAAGCCCGCCGCCAUCAUCUCCGUCCAAUUAGAGCAGCCAGCCGCCGGCGUCGCCCUUCUCCAGCCUCGCCGCACCAGCCAACAGCGACCUUACCGUCGCCAGAAGCUAGUCGCUGCCCAGCGCCGCCGCUGCUUCCUUCGCCACCUGUCGCCGCCUCAUCGCCGACGAAUUGCAGCGCCGCCGCGCCCAGCGCCGGACGUCGCCUCCAGCCGCCGUCGCCGAGCUUCCAACUGUUGUUUCACCUUCGCCGGCCGUCCGCCGCCAGUCGCUGCCCAGCGCCGCCGACGACGGUUCACCUCGUCGUUCUGCCGGACGUCGCCUCCACUGCCGGCGUCCUUCCCCGCCGUCGAUUGCAGCGCCGCCAGUCGCUGUUCAUCGCCGACGACGGUUCACCUCGUCGUUCUACCGGACGUCGCCUCCACUGCCGGCGUCCUUCCCCGCCGUCGAUUGCAGCACCGCCAGUCGCUGUUCAUCGCCGUCGAGCUGCCGCUCCGCCACUGUCGCCGGCCCGCCUCAACAAUGGCCGGUGGAAAAUCAAAAUCAAAGGCUUCCAAGAAGAAGGUCACCGUCGAAGCCUCAAGCUCUGCGCCUAAGCCAUUCCCCUAUCUCGAUGGGUCUUUCUUGGAGUUCGGGUCGGAGGAGGAACUCAACCAAUUCCACACGCACUUUGCCAAGCAUCCCAUUUCUCCGCCUAGGGUGCUGCCCGAGUUAUACCCUCAACAAAAGGGGUACCACGACCUCGACAAUCAGGUUCAAGCGUCGGGUCUGUGGUUGUUCGUCUCCAGGAGCCGCCAGUCCUACAAUCCCGCCUUUGUUCGAGCCUUCUACUCAAAUCUCCACCGCGACGGGGACACCAUCUGCAGCAGCAUCAAUCUCUAUGACAUAGAGAUUGACUUGCCGACCUUUGCACGGAUCGCAGGGCUACCCAUCCGCGGUGACGACAUCGCGACGUACGGUGGCGACGAUUGGAUCCUCAACAACGAGGCAGUGGUCAUCCGAGAGCUAGGGAUCACCAACCUCAUCCGCCACAGCGGCGCGCCAACGAUUCACUCGGCCCCACCUGACAAGGAUCCAUCCGGCGUUCGGCCAAACCAAAAACCAAGCCAUCCGGCGUUCGGCUUUCAGAAACCGGCGUUCGGCAUUUGGUUUUCGGCGUUGGUUUUUGGCAUCCGAACCAACCAAGUGGUUUUCAACAUUUUAUGAUUGUUUUUUACUCCUUGGCAUGUUUAAACAGUUCUCCAGUAAAAACACCUUGAAAACCACCUUUCGUUUUUUGUCGUUUGGCAAAAACCACGCAAAACGGCAUAAACUUGGCUAGCCGUG